AUGUUUGGAUUCAGUAUAAGAACAGGUAGGCAAAAUGCCUCAGGUUCACCAAGUUCAAAAACAGGAUCUCCAUCAUCUGUUGGUUCACCAAAAACAGCAGGAAGUACAGGUUCACCAAAGACAGAAGUUGGUGAAAUUGACACAAGAGCACCUUUUCAAUCUGUUAGAGCUGCUGUUAGUUUGUUUGGUGAUACUGGUUCUUCACCUCAGGCUAAACCAACAAUUAAAAGAUCAAAAACCAUUGAAGAGAGGGUGUUAGAGAAGGAAAGUAGGCUUCAUUUGGCCCUAAGAGAACUAGAUGGCUUCAAAGAACAGAUAAGAAGUACAGAGACAACAAAGACUCAUGCUCUUCGAGAUCUCGAAAAGGCUAAAAGAACACUCCAAGAACUCACAGGAAAGCUCGAGACACUAUGCGAAACGAAGCAAGCAGCUAUUGAGGCAACAGAGACAGCAAAGGCCCGAGCCAUCGAGCUCGAAGAACAGAAAUCAAAUAAACCUCCAGUAGGCACUGAUGCUUGGAAACAGAAUGUUGAAGCUGAAAGAGAACAAUAUCGAACAUCUUCUGGUGAACUAAAUUCCGCAAAACAAGAGCUUACAAACCUCCGUCAGGACUUUGAUGCAGCCCUGACUGCUAAACUGGCCGCGUUUCAAGAAGCUGCAGAUGCACAGCAUAACGCGGCCAUCAAUAGAGAGAGGCUAGGUAAGCUCUCGAAAGAAGUCACUACAUUACGCGAAACAUUAGGACAAGUAAAAGUUGCAUCUCUCCAAGCACAAGACGAGCACGAAAAGAUUAUCCAAGAUAAAGAAGUUCACUUACAUUCACUCAAAACAGCUAAAGAAGAAGCUGAAGAGAAAAUCAGGACCCUCAAAGAGGACCCUGACUCUCAACUAGUAACAGAAAACCUCGUUGAGAAACUCGAGGUAACCAACGAGGCAAUCCAUGUCUUACAAGAACAACUCAAUAAAGUCCAAGCCCUGGAUUUAGACGCAUAUAACAAAGCAAAUGAAGAGCUCAAUGCUACAAAGAACAUGUUGAAAGAGAUAGUCGCGGAGGAAAGUUCCCUCCGUGCCAUAGUUGAAUCCCUUAAACAAGAAGCAGAAUGUGUAAAAGGCGAACUCAAUGAGCUUAAAAAGAAAGCAGAGGAAACAGAGUCUCUAGUCGAAAACUUAAAAUUAGAGCUCGAAAACAGCAAGAAAGAUCUCGAAACAAGCAUUUCAGCUAAAACACAAGCUGAAGGAGAUUCAAAUGAUUUACCUUCAAGAAUCCAACAGUUAACUUCCGAGGCUAAUCAAUACACAAAAGAAGCAAAUGAGAUGAAGAAAAACACGGAGUUAUUCAAACAAGACGCGCAAUCAGCACAUGAAACAACUAAAGAAACAGAGGAAAAGCUAAAAAUCGCGCUAAAAGAGGCAGAAGAAGCAAAAGCAGCAGAGAAAGUUGCAGAUGAAAAGAUACACAAUCAAUCAAGAAACAACAAAACAGACAAUUCCACUGAUGAUAACAACGACGAAAAACAUUCAUCAUCAGAAUCAUCUAAUGGGAAGAUAAGACUAUCAGUCGAGGAAUUUGAGGCAUUAAAACGAAAAGUAGAGGGAAUCAAGAAUGAUGCUGACAUAAAAGUUGCAACUGUGAUGGCACAAGUUGAAACCAUCAAUGCAAAUGAAAAACAAGCAAACGAAAAACUCGAGGGGUUGUUAAAGGAGAAAGAAGAUAUCAAAACCGCGACACAAGAAGCAUUGAAAACAACAGAAAUGGCAGAAGCAGCAAAAUUGGUAGUUGAAGGAGAAUUGCAGAAAUGGAGAAUAAAGGAACAAGAAGAAGAAGAAAUUGGAGAAUCAUCUAAUGGAAAUGUUGAAGAGACAUAG